UAUGGCAGAGGAGCGAGUAAAGGACUCUCUCUCAGAGAAACACAGUGUGAGAUCAGGAUCAUGUGUGAAGAGUGACUGGUCUAAAGAGGAUCCACCAGAGUUCAGUGAGGAAACACCAUCACCUGCCCAAAGUGAAGGUUCAGGAUCAUGUGUGUCCAGCUCUGUGUCUCUGAAGAGUAACUGGUCAAAAAAUCAUCCACCAACCCUCACGGGGAAAGAACCAUCAUCUGCCAAAAGUGUUGAAUAUGAGUUACCAGAACCAAGACACAGGACUCACAGGAGGCACAAGAGUUUCACAGACAAUCUCCUGUGGAUCUUCCAGAAUCUUGAGAAUAAAAUUGACAGAUUUUUGAAGAAUGAACUUGAGAAGUUUAAGAAGAUCUUACAAGAAGAAAACAGACAAGACUUUGUAAAGAACUUUAAUGACAACAGAUGCAGAAUCACAGAAGCAGCUCUUGAUCUCACACUCUUCUUCCUGAGAGAUAUGAAGCAAGAUGAAGUUGCUGAUACUCUCCAGGGUGAGCUGUUCUUCAUUAACCAGUUAAAAUGUAGCAUGAAGAAGAAAUAUCAAAGUGUGUUUGAAGGAAAUGCUCAGCAAGGAGACUCCACACUUCUGAAUACCAUCUACACAGAUCUCUAUAUCACUCAGGGUGCGAGUGAACAGGUCAACACUGAACAUGAGAUCAGACAGAUUGAAGUUGCUUCUAGAUGUCAUCAGUCACUAGAGAUGAAGAUUGAAUGUAAACAUUUGUUUGAAGCAGCUGAACAAGACAAGCAGAUCAGAACUGUCCUGACAAAAGGAGUUGCUGGCAUCGGGAAAUCAGUCUCUGUGCAAAAGUUUGUUCUGGAUUGGGCUGAAGGGAAAGAAAAUCAAGACAUCAGCUUCAUAUUUCCUCUUCCAUUCAGAGAGAUGAACUUAAAGGAGAAAGAAAGACAAAGUUUAAAAGACCUCAUAACUCAGUUUUUCCCAGAGACUAAAGGACUGAACCUUACAAGAAGCACACGAUUCAAAGUCCUGUUCAUCCUUGAUGGAUUGGACGAAUUUCGUCUUCCCCUAAACUUUGUUGGUAAUGAGACGUGUCGUGAUGUAUCUUCAGCAGUCUCUCUGGAUGUUCUCCUGACGAACCUCAUCAAGGGAAAUCUGCUUCCUUCUGCUCUCAUCUGGAUCACCAGCAGACCAGCAGCUGCCAGUAAGAUUCCUGCUGACUGUAUCGACCGGCUGACAGAGAUACAAGGAUUCAAUGAUGCCCAAAAGGAGGAGUACUUUAGAAAGAGACUCACAGAUCAGAAUCAGGCCAGAGAAAUCAUUGAUCACAUUAAACAGUCAAAGAGUCUCUUUAUUAUGUGCCACAUCCCAGUCUUCUGCUGGAUUUCAGCCACUGUUCUCCAAAAUGUAUUGACGGAGAAAAGAAAUAUUGAACUGAAAAACAGAACCUGUGCCGAAACACUGCAGGAAUCUCCCAAGAGUCUGACACAAAUGUACAUACACUUUCUGUGCUUUCAGAUCCAGCAGAGCAGAAGAAAGUAUGAUGGAGAAAACACAGCAAAUGCUUCCUGGGAUCCAAACCUCAUCCUUUCACUGGGGAAACUGGCCUUCCAGCAGCUGGAAAGAAACAAUGUGAUCUUCUAUGAGAGCGAUCUGAAAGACUGUGGCAUUGACGUCUAUAAGGCAUCGGUGUACUCAGGCAUGUGUACCCAGAUCUUUAAGAAGGAUAAAGGAAUCAUUCUUGGUACAGUGUACUGCUUUCUUCACUUGAGCAUUCAGGAGUUCAUUGCAGCGCUUUAUGAGCAUCUGUUUCUAGACAGCGACAAGAAAGUUUUAUCUAGUUUUAGAAAGAGAAGAAAAAAUAAAGGCAUGAUUGAUUUGCUGAAGGCUGCAGUGGACAAGGCUCUGGAAAGUGACAAUGGACAUCUGGACCUCUUCCUUCGCUUCCUUCUCGGUCUGUCUCUCCAGUCCAAUCGACAACUCUUGCAAGGCCUGUUGACACAGCAGGAUGACAGUGACCAGAGCAAAGAGGAAAUAAUUGCCUACAUCAAGCAGAAACUUGAAGGGAAUCUGUCUCCAGAGAGAUCCAUCAAUCUGUUCUACUGUCUGAAUGAACUGAACGACCAAACUCUGCUAAAAGAGAUUCAGUCCCACCUUAGAGAAGGAAGUCUGUCAUCUGCUGACCUUUCACCUGCCCAGUGGUCUGCUGUGGCCUUUGUGUUGUUGACCUCAGAAGAGCAGUUGGAGGAUUUUGAGCUUCAGAAAUUUAAGAAAUCAGACGAGUGUCUCAUCAGACUAUCAGCGGUCAUCAAAACCUCCAAAAGAGCUCUGCUACAGUGCUGCAAUCUCACGGUUCGGUCCUGUGAGAGUUUGUGUUCAGCUCUACAAUCCUCAAACUGUGUGCUGAGAGAGCUGGACCUGAGUAACAAUGACCUGCAGGAUUCAGGAGUGAAGCUUCUCUCUGAUGGACUGAAGAGUCAACACUGUAAACUGGAGAUACUGAGAUUGUCUGGCUGUAUGGUGACAGAGGAAGGCUGUGGUUUGCUGUCUUCAGCUCUGACUUCAAACCCCUCACACCUGAGAGAGCUGGAUCUGAGCUACAAUCAUCCAGGAGAUUCAGGAGUCAAGCUGCUCUCUGAACAACUGGAGGAUCCAAACUACACACUGGACACACUCAACGUGGAUCAUGGAGGAGAAAAUAGGAUAACAGCAGGACUGCACAAAUAUGCCUGUUUUCUGACACUGGAUCCAAACACAGCAAACACUCGUCUCAUUCUGUCUGAGGAGAACAGAGAGGUGAAGCGUGUGUUAGAGAAACAGCCGUAUCCUGAUCAUCCAGACCGAUUUAAUUGUCCUCAGGUGUUGUGCAGAGAGAGUGUGUGUGGACGCUGUUACUGGGAGAUUGACUGGAGUGGAGAUGAUUAUGUGUUUAUAUCAGUGUCAUAUAAGAGCAUCAGGAGGAAGGGACGGGGUGAUGAGUGUGUGUUUGGACAAAAUGAUCAUUCCUGGAGUUUGAUCUGCUGUCCUGACAGUUACGCAAUCAUGCACAAUAACAGGUGUAUCGAACUCCCCGAAGAGCUGAUCAGCAGUAGAAUAGGAGUGUUUGUGGAUCACAGUGCAGGAACUCUGAUCUUCUACAACAUCUAUAGAGACACAAUGAGCCUCAUCCACUCAGUCCAGACCACAUUCACUGAGCCGCUCUAUCCUGGGUUUAGGGUUGAUUAUCCUGGAUCAUCGGUGAAACUGUGCUGAAGACUGGGCUUAAUCCUCCUGCUGAAUGUGUCAGAAAUCCUCAUCUACACUCACUUUAUUAGAUACACCUGUCCAACAGCCAAUCACAUGGCAGCAACUCAAUGCAUUUCGGGAUGAAGAUAGACAUGGUCAAGAUGAUCUACUGCAGUUCA